AUGAAUUUUCCGUUGUUUACUUCACUUUCAUCUGAAACUCACAGUGCGAUUUCAUCUGUCAUGACAAAUAUGAUUUGUAUGUCAAAUUCUCCAUCAGUUGGAUCUGUUAUUCCAUUGUUAAAACCAUUUGAUGAAGAUGAACAUCAAUUGAUCAGUACAAAAAGACGUGCAUCACCAAAAACGAUCCUUAUGGCGGAAAUAAGUCGAAGAUUAGUGAGAAGAAAACUUUUAUACAAUCGACUACACGCUAUCAGUAUAAUUAUGUGUAGUCUUGGUCUUUUCGGUGUACUUUUAAUGAUAAUUAAUAAUGAAAUUAUCUUUUCGAAUCUCUUUCCUCGAAGUAUUUAUAUUUGUUGGUUUAUUAAAUUAUUUAUCACAAUUACAACUUUGAUUCUCAUUGGAUUUAUCUUUUAUUAUCGUCGUUUAGAUUUAGAUUUGUAUGCAAUUAAUAAUUCGUUUAAACAUUGGCGAAUUGGAUUGAACACGUCGAAAAUAUUUUUAACUUUUAUCGAAGUUUUUAUUUGUUUAAUUCAUCCAGUUCCAUUACCAAUACCUUUCUUAUCAAAAAUUCAAUAUGAAAAUUCGACAAUCUACAAUUCAACUUCACCCGAUUAUAUAACUUUGGAUGUUGCACUUGGUUUACCAAGUUAUGGAGAUGUGACACCGACAACGUAUUGUGGAAGAAGUGUAGCAGCGAUAACUGCAAUGAUUGGUGUAUUAUCUACUGCUUUGUUAAUAUCUGUUCUUGCUCGGAAACUUGAAUUGAGUCGAGCAGAGAAAUAUGUUCAUAAUUUUGUUUUAAAUAUGAAAUUGGUGAAAGAUCGAAAACAUCAAGCAUCGAAUGUGAUUAAAUUUGUUUUGAAACUUUGGAUUUUAAGACGAAAAAAUCAAGCUUCAUCCAAUGAAUUUCUCAAAGCACAAAGAGGUUUAGUUCGUUCAAUGCAUUUCAAUCAACAAAUUAAACAAGAACAAAAGAAAUUAGUUGACAAUUGUGUUGGAAUGCCAGAAUUAAUCAUCAUGCAAAGAGAUACAAAUGAUAAAACAUAUGAAAAUACUUCUACAUUAAUCGUUAUGAAGGGAAAAAUCGAGAAAAUUGAAGAAAAACUUUGUCAAAUUGAUCAAACGAUGAUUGAUAUACAAAAUUCUCUUCGAAUCUUAUCAAAUCAAUUAGCAAAAUAA